AUGCUCCGCCGUCGGAUGUUCCAAGCCAUCAUCCAGAACCCUCCGGGCAAGAAACCCACAGAUCUUGAUGGCAACCCUAUUGACCCUGCAUUCUUUGCUAGGGUUCAGCGAGCAUUUUGGCUCCACGAGCUUGCAUUGCGGAGGGGUAUUGUUUAUGUUGGCUGGAGUGCCAACCGAAUCCCAAUCCCAGGAGACAAGAAUACUGCCCGUAUUCUCCCAUGCUUCUUACAGCGCCCAGAUGAGGUUGACAUUGGGCGGUUCUUACGCAUGGUGGAGUUACAGCGGCUCAAAGGAACUAUGCUGGACCACGGAAUCGAGGAUCACCAUCGCAUGGGGCUUCUGUACAGCGGCUUAUUUAGAUGGGCAACGAUUGGCCGUCUUGGAAUUCAGGGUGCAGCUUUCUGUCUUCCCAGUAGCGGCGAGAGGUGCUCCAUGCAGCUACUGUUCCAGCUUGCCGCCGUCGAUCACCAAUCAAAGAUUUUCUGGGCAACUUACGAUUUCUCAUCCCCGUUUUGGUUUGAUGGAUGGUUUGAGAAGUAUCCUGUCUCUGGGUCAAUUGAGGGCUUCUCAAUUGGCGCCGACUAUUCACGCCUAAAGGGAGAGGAAAAUCGCCAACAGGAUAAGAAGCUUUAA